GCCCAUUAGUGGCCCUAAUUCGCCCAAAGAAUGCAUGAUUAUUGUAAUGGGCCUUCUAAGCCCAUGGCUAGGAGCCCAAAUCCACAUUUUUACCUAUAAAUAGACCCCUUGGGGCUAGUUAUAGGGGGUUGAGAAAUAUAAUUACUCACUUUCUCUCUCUAGCUCUCACUUCUCUCUAGAAAUAAUACUCUAGUAUUUGAUGCUUUCAUUGAGAGUUUGAGCACAAUCAAGUGAGAAAUCCUCCCAAAAACAUCCAAAAACAAUUCUAUUUUACCAAAAAUCAGGCCAAAAAACAAACUGUUCUAAAUCGGUAAAUCCAGCAAUAAUGAAGAAAUUUGGAAGAAUCCAGAUCUGGAACUAGAGCCGCUGUAACGAUUUAUGUAGCCGUCGUCCAUCGUCCAUGCCGCCGUACGCCAUCUGCUCCAGCUCGCUGCACUAGUUGGGGUUCACUGGACGCUUCCUAGAAGUACCAUCACCGCUCCAGGCCUCACUUGUCAUCCGUUCGCUAAAUCUGUUCGAAGGGUGACAUCGGAAGGCAGCCGCUGUAAUCUCCGCCAUCACCGGGUCAUCAUGCGCCGCCUUCACAGGUGUCGUCACUGUUGCCGCUUGUAGAUCCACCUUGCCGGCCGCUCCCCCACUUCACCGGUCGCCGCUCGCGAGUCAACCUUUCCGUUGACGUGGCCUGAGGUAUCUGCCCGUUAUAGGUUCGUCAUUAAUGGUGGCUUGGAGUUCAUGAGAAGCAGAUCCGAGGCUAGCUAGAGCCACCUUCUCUAUCCAGUCGCUAGAUUGCCUUUUCUCUUCAUACCGAGCUAUCCACAACCAUUCUCAGUUGUUGGUCAACGUGGUAGAUUUGAUCUGUGCAGUGUUUGUUCUCCUUCAGCAACUAUGGUGGUCAAUAUUGCUGCCUCACCUCUUGUGAAUGCAAAGUGUGACUUCCUCUGGUACUGGUGAGUUGGGCAGAUGAUGGACGAGCCGGCGUGGACAUGGUUUGAUCGGCCAAGAGGUAUAAAAUUAGUUGACCUAGUCAACCAUUUCCAAUAGCUGACAAAUCUAAUGCCUAGAAGGGCACAUCGUGGAUACACUCCAUCCACUAUCAUCUAUUCAUCUUGGCCGAGCAAUUACAGAAAAUAUUCUUAGCCGACGAGCCAAAAAGAUUCCAAAAGCUAAGUUCUUUCUUUCCAAUUUUUAUAUAAUUGUCAAAUUCAUAAAUUGAUUCAAAAGGUCCAAAAAAAAGAAAUUCAUGAAUGAAAUAUUGUAUUAAUAUAGCAUCAAACUUUAAUCUCAAGGAGCGAGUCAUCUGUUAAAAGAUCCCGAAAAGCGCGGACUGGCGGAUUCGAACUACGAACUUGAGUGACAAGUUGAGCUAGAUUAUUAACUUAUUAUCAUUACUUUUAAAGACUUCCAAAAAAGAAAGUCAUAAAGAUGAAAAAUUAAUUAUAUUACAUCAAACUUCAAUCUUGAGGGGCGAGUCAUCCGUUAAAAGAUCCCGAAAAGUGCGGACUGGCGGAUUCAAACUACGAACUUGAGUGGCAAGUUGAGUUAGUUUAUUAAUUUAUUAUCAUUAUUUUUAAAUAGUGUGUAUUUUUUUACAUUGAAAAAAGGACUUAUUCUGAGCACUCGCGUACACCGGCGGACUAUUGAAGUCUCGCGCCACGGGUCACGACAAACUGGUGUGGCGAUAAAUAAGCUUCAAAUCCAAAUGUUAUCUAAUACACAAUCUGGUUUCUAUGCUCUAGCAUAUAAACAAAAUUUGAGCUCCAACUUGAAAGUUUGAGGCCAUUUAAUGUAGGCCCAAAUCCAAUAACGAAUUGAAAGCUCAAGAAAUUAUAACAAUUUUAUUUGAAUACAUAGGUGCAAUUAAAUGAUGACCAGGACUACUUGGCAUGCCGAGCUACUCACAUCGAGAGACUGGUCUCGGCCAUCCCCUCAGCAGACGGACACCGUUGCAGCACCGCGCCUAGGCCGAAGGGUUCACACCUUUUUGCUUCAUUUUGGGGGCAUCCGACAUUCCGAUGUACUCUUUUUCCCUCAUUAGGAUUUUUUCCCACAGGGUUUUUUCCUAAUGAGGUUUUUAACGAGGCAUCUCCCCAUUGUGGAUCAAAAGGUGUCGACCCUCGGCCCCUCUAUUGAAGACAUCAUCACGAGACAUGUACUACUCUACUCCUCUUCACCUCACUACAUUCACCUCAAGGAGUGGGGGACCGGAAGAGCGGGGGGCUUAGCGCCUCCGUUACCAAAGAAGCAGGAAUUCAAAUUUUUAACGAAGUUUACUCACCAGACGACGACAGAUCAGCACACAGUUCUACUCCCUUUCGCCUCGAGUACUCUCGCCUUGAGUUCAACUCUCAAUGAAAGCACCAUUGAUGGAUUAUAGGGAUCCAAACAUACAUAAUUAGGAGAGAUUUGAGCAAGAGAAGUGAGGAAGAAGAUGAAGUGUGUAUGAAUGAAUUAUGAACUAUGAACUUAGGGUUUACAAGACCUCCCAUGGGGAGUAUAAAUAGAGAAACAAUGGGUCGGGCCUCUAAUAUGGGCCCGAAAAUCCCAACUACAUAAAUGGCUAAUCUAAUAGAUACAAAUGAUAUAAAGACUGUACAAUAAUGUAAAUGCUAUCAGGUAAGCGUGUGUGGGCCGUUGUCCAGGCCCAAUAGUCGUGAUACCCGGGGUCCGAGUCUAUAUACUCUAUCAAGCACCAUAGUUAAAUUCCAUCUCAAUUAGUUGUAAAGUCGUAGCAUCAUUCGCUAAUGGCCUUAAUGUAUCUAGACUUUCGCAGGGUAAUUUGAACAAUAAUGAUUCCACUUUUUUAUACAUAUCCUCUGUGAUGUACUUCACCCAAGUGAGGGUAUGAUAUCUUAUGAGGGUCUAGAACAACACUCUCAACAUGACCAUUUAUAUAUGCAAGAUUUGGCAUUCUCUUA